ACUGUCUGUUGCAAGUGGUUCUUGGACACUAGGUUCAGAGGCAGUGAGGGCUGCAGGGCGGGGGCAUGAACAAGAUAUUGAGGUCGGGGGGAGGCCAUGCUGGGCCAUGGGACUCCUAUCACCCUUUUCAUACAUACUUAUCCCAGGUUUGGAAUUACAAUGACCAGCAAUCUACCUUUCUCUGUGCAGAAAGGGAGCUGGGACAGCAGCAGAGACUCUGGAGAAAGUUGGGGCCCAGGAAUGGGGGCAGGAGGAACACACACUCUUCCCUAGAGGAUAAGACUCUCCCCCGUUAACCAUUACCCCACUGCUUCCAAGGCAGUGUCUUCAAGGAGGCGGGACGUGGGGAGGUAGGCGGGAGGGUCAGCUGGUUUCAAUGGACCUUGUCCCUACCCUGAGCACUAGGUCGCUGAUUCAACUAUGGAGGCAGCUGCAGAUCAUCAGGACACAGCCUCAUUAACUCUGAAGUUUGAGUUUAACCCAAAGCUGGGCAUUGAUAAUCCUGUCCUCUCCCUGGCUGAAGACCGUGACCCCUCUGAUCUCUGGAGUUUGGAGCGGCCUCGCUUCUGUCUGCUGAGCAAAGAGGAGGGCAGAAGUUUUGGCUUCCACCUGCAGCAGGAGCUGGGCAGGGCUGGGCAUGUGGUGUGCAGGGUGGAGCCAGGCACCUCUGCCCAGCGCCAGGGUCUUCGGGAAGGAGACCAGAUCCUGGGGGUGAACAACCAUAUUGUGGAACAUGAAGACCAUGUGGUGGUGGUACGCCGCAUCCGGGCCAGCGGUCCUCGGGUGUUGCUGACGGUUUUGGCACAGCAUGUGCAUGAUGUGGUCCGAGCUCAGCAGGGGAAUGAUGCCCACCUCUGUCCUACUCUUGGCCCAGGGGUCCGGCCCCGGCUGUGCCACAUAGUGAAAGAUGAGGGUGGCUUUGGCUUCAGUAUCACCCAGGGACAUUGGGGUCCUUUCUGGUUGGUGCUGACUACUGGAGGAGCCGCUGAGCGGGCAGGGGUGCCCCCUGGGGCCCGACUGCUGGAAGUGAACGGGGUCAGUGUGGAGAAGUUCAGUCAUAACCAGCUCAGCAGGAAGCUUCGGCAGAGUGGAGAGCAGGUGACCCUGCUGGUGGCAGGGCCAGAGGUGGAGGAACAGUGUCGCCAGCUGGGAAUGCCUCUGGCUGCACCCCUGGCAGAGGGCUGGGCACUGCCCAGCAAGCCCCGCUGUCUGCACCUAGAGAAAGGGCCCCAGGGCUUCGGGUUCCUGCUCCGGGAGGAGAAGGGCCUUGACGGUCACCUCGGGCAGUUCCUGCGGGAGGUGGACCCAGGACUGCCAGCCGAGAAGGCCGGGAUGCAGGCUGGGGACCGGCUGGUGGCUGUGGCUGGGGAGAGCGUGGAGGGGCUGGGCCAUGAGGAGACAGUGUCCAGGAUCCGGGCGCAGGGCUCCUGUGUCUCCCUCACUGUCGUCGACCCUGAGGCUGACCGCUUCUUCAGCAUGGUUCGCUUGUCCCCGCUCCUCUUCUUGGAGAGCACAGAGGCUCCUGCCUCUCCCCAGGACACCAGCUCAGCCUCUCUGGUUGAGACCAAGGACCCACCAGUUGAAGACACAGCCAUGCCUCCUGACACGUGUGGCUCCCGCCAGUGCUUUCUGUACCCUGGGCCUGGUGGUGGCUAUGGCUUCCGACUCAGCUGUGUAGCCAAUGGGCCUUGUCUCUUCAUCUCCCAGGUGACCCUGGGAGGCUCAGCUGCCCUGGCGGGGCUGCAAAUGGGAGAUGUGAUUCUAGAAGUCAACGGGUUUCCUGUGGGUGGAAAGAAUGACUUGGAAAGGCUUCAGCAGCUGGCUGAGGCUGAGCCACCCCUGUGCCUGAAGCUGGCGGCCAGAUCUCAGCAGGGCUUGGAAGCCUGGAUUCCCCAGGGUCUGGAGAGGUGAGGAAGAAGAGACAGAUGGACUGUGAACAGCCAGAGAAGGACACAGGGGAGCCAGAAAGGAGGGCAGAGCAGGAGGGCUGCAGGUGAAGCAGUGUGGGGCAUGCAGGUUGGGACUUUAGGCCAUGGUGGGGGGCGGGAUGCAGAAGCACCCAGGGAACAAGCCCCAUUCCUGGGCAUUCCGGUUCAGGUGAGGGCAGGGAAAGGGGACUUUUCCCGUCUCUGAAUGACCUUCUCCCUUCCUGCUC